AAUCUCUCUCCUUUACCCUAAAUGGACACUCAUUUGCUACAUAAGUCCCUCUCUUGCAACAGUCUCAUCAAAGCCAACCUUGGGCUUGAGGCUUGUUUCCUCUGUACCUCUUUUUCUUAUCUUUUGUUGGUUUUAUGUUUGAAGGAAAAAAAAUCUCUUCUGCAUUUAUAAAUUUCUGAAUAAAUCUCUGCUUUAGCCUUCUCAUUUCAUGAGAUUUAUUGGGUUGGGUUUCUGAGAUUCUAGAAUGGUACCUAGCUUCGACUGCUCAGCCUCGAGCCUUCUCUGUGCCGAAGACAACAAUAGUUUCAUGUGUUUUGAAGAUAUUGACGACGGGGCUGAGAAUGAGUUUGGGGUUGGUUGGCAGCAGCAAGACCAUCGAACCGAUCAUCAAAAUCAGAGCUUUAGUGGCUUGGAAUUCUCGAUUGGGUUCCCACUGCAGAGUGAAGAGUGUUUGAGUUUGAUGGUUGAGAGGGAAUGCCAGCAUUUGCCUAGGGAUGAUUACUUGAGCAGGUUGCGGAGAGGGGACUUGGACUUGGGUGUGAGGAGGGAGGCCAUUGACUGGAUUCAGAAGGCGCAUGCUUAUUACAAUUUUGGACCUUUGAGUGCUUAUUUAUCCAUAAAUUACUUAGAUCGGUUCCUUUCAGCAUAUGAGCUUCCUAGAGGUAAAGCUUGGAUGAUGCAGUUAUUAGCUGUAGCCUGUUUAUCUCUAGCAGCCAAAAUGGAAGAGACUGAAGUGCCUCUAUCUCUAGAUUUACAGGUAGGGGAAACCAAGUUCGUCUUUGAAGCUAGAACCAUACAGAGAAUGGAGCUUCUUGUGUUGAGCACCUUGAAAUGGAGAAUGCAAGCUGUGACUCCUUUCUCUUACAUAGAGUACUUCCUUUUUAAGAUCAACGAUGAUCAACCUCCCUCGAGACUCUGCAUCUCAAGAUCGAUCCAACUAAUCUUAAGCACAAUGAAGGGGAUUGACUUCUUGAAUUACAGACCUUCUGAGAUUGCUGCAGCAGUGGCGAUGUCUGUAUGUAGAGAAGCCAAAACAGUGGAUAUUGAGAAGGCUAUUUCUUGUUUUGCACAUGUAGAAAAGGAGAGAGUGGUGAAAUGUCUUGAACUCAUCCGGGAUAUGUCAUUGAUUAGUGGGUUUGUUAAGGUUGGUAGUGGCUCAAUUUCGUCAGUGCCCCAUAGCCCAAUUGGGGUGCUAGAUGCCGCAUGCUUGAGCUAUAAAAGUGAUGAUUUAACAGUUGGGUCAUUUGCACAUUCUUCUCAUAGUAGUCCAGAUACAAAGAGGAGGAAACUAAACAGUCCAUCUGAGGUGGACCAUGAGUCAUGAGAUUGGGAGGUGGGGUUCUCACUUUUCACCCAAAUCAAAUUAGUUUGGUUUGGUGGAUGGGAGUUUUGGUGUGGCUUUGCAGCCCCUCCCUCCCCCCUCCCCCCUUGAAAAAAAGGAUAAAAGAGAGGAAAAAGCUGGAGUUUAGAAAAAAAGAAAAGAGAAAAAGGGUUGAAUGAAUCUGUAGCAUGAAUUGGACAGUGUUCAGCUGUGUAUUUAACAGAAUUCUCAACUCAGCAGAAGAGAAGGAAAAAGGGGGGAAGAUUGAAUGUGCCCACCUAUGCUGUUGGGGGAUUUGUUGUAACUUCCAUCUGAGAAACCAAAAAAAAGGAGAAAGAAAAGGAGCAAGAGCAAAGUUGAGAGAAAUAUUUGUUCAUGUUAUUAUGUUAUUAUUUAUUUGUGAAAAAUUUAGAAAAAAAGUACCAGUCCCUUUGGGGGAACAAAAAGAGACAAGCACCAAAACAGAAAAGAGAGAAAAAAAAAGGAAGUGGGUUUUUUAUUUUAUGAUUAAAAUAUGAAAAAACAGUUUUCUAAUAAUCCAUGUCAUCAAAAUGAUGAUUUCUUUUUGAUAUUUCUGGUUCCCUGUCAUCCUUUAUUUGACCGUCUGAUCAUAGAACCUGGGGUCUGUUGCCCUCUUUGGUGAUAAAGUGAAGAGGUCUGAGUCAUAUGCAAUGCAAACAUGGAAACCCCUGUUGAUCUACUAAAUUUAAGAAAAUAAUUUGUAUCUUAAUCGAAUUAGUGUUUGUAGGUGUUGAUUGAGGACUGGAGAUGAGGACCCCUCAUGCUCUCCCUCCCCCUAGAAGUUUCAGACUUUCAGUUAAAAGAAGCCAGUCGGUCAUGACUCAUGAUGGAGGAAUUAUUCUCUAAUUGUCUCUAGUCUAGUUUUGAUACAAUUCUUCUAUGUUUUAUUACUUUUCUUGGCCCGCCACUGUCACUGUGGCCCUGUAUGUCUUGAUUUGUUUAUUAUUCCUAACUUCACGAGUUUUAAAAAUAUUUAUAACAACAUAUAUUAAUGGAGUACAUGUUGCUACUA